AUGGAGAAAAAACUGCUAAUAUUCCAGAUCAAAAACUUAACCAAAGAAAGAGAUGAGUUAAUGAAUGAAAGAGAAGAAUUGAAGAAAUGGCUUACUGAACAAGAUCAGCGAUCUGAUAACUUGAGAUGGAUUUACUACAACUUGAGUUUUUAUUACAUUUCAUCUGAGAAGAGAAACUGGAGUGACAGCAGACGAGACUGUGAAGAGAGAGGAGCAAAUCUGCUGAUUAUAAACAACAAAGAGGAACAAGAGUUUGUGCUGAAGGCUACAGGUGGUCAAUAUUGUUAUUAUUGGAUUGGUUUGAGUAAAGUGGGAGGGGUGUGGAAAUGGGUUGAUGGCACCACAUUGACAUUCAGGUUCUGGAUGAAAGGAUACCCCAGAUCUGACAAUCAGUACUGUGCUGAAAUAUUUACAUCAGGGUGGACUGAUUAUUCAUGUGAUUUUAAUAACAGAUGGAUCUGUGAGAAGAGAAUUUUACAGUGA